ACCAUCGUCACCUUCACCGUCUGACUCACCGGGGUUGAUGACCACUUCCGUAUCAGCGGUGCUGGGCGUGAAUAGGCGCGCGAUGGACGAGCGAGGCGCGGUGCGCGGGACGCUGGGCGUGCGCAGCAUGCACGGAGGUGGCAGAGACGUGCGGACGAUGGGCAGCGACGCGUGGGGCAACACGAGUGAUGGCCUAGACCGCGUAGGCAUAGGAAUGCUGGACGACGAGCGUGGGGCGCACGUGAUGAAGGAUCGGGAGGUGAUCAUGGAGAAGUAUUAUCCUCAGGGUUAUCGCAUGAGGAUGGAGCGCGCUUUCUGGGAUCUUACUCAGGGGACUGGUAUCGUUGAGGAGUACGAGCGAGAGUUCAACUGCAUGAGAGCUUUUGCUCCACAUAUGGUGGAUACCGACCUGAAGAAGGCCCACAAGUUCCGGGAUGGGCUGAACCAAACCCUCUGUAUGCAUGUUGCUAGCCAGGGAGAUCUUUUAUUUGAUGAGACCGUUAUUCGAGCCACCCAGCUUGAGAGUUAUCAGACUCUCAAUGUUUCUGCCCCUUCCGCUCAGCUAGUGCAGCCCAUUUCCUCCGCACCGCCCGGCUCUAGUUCGGGCAAGAGAAAGUUUGAUUCCCGCCGGGAUAACCAGAAGAGAAAGUGCGGUGGGAACGACCAUCGUGGUGACCGCCCCUUCGCACGAGACCAGUUUCUGAGGUGCCGUAACUGUGGUCGUUAUCAUCCGGGAGAGUGCCGGUACACCCAGCGAGCUUGCUUCAACUGCAUGAAGCCCGGUCAUUUCUUCAGUGCUUGCCCCGAGCCCCCAAGGCAGCAUGCCCAGCAGCAGCAGCAGCAACAACAACAACAGCAGCUUCCUCCUCCACCUUACCAGCAGCAGCAGCAGCACAGGCAGCCCCCACCACACCAGCAGAGGGCUGGAG